AACCCUGAGUCUCAGUACGCCACAACACUUGCUUGUUUACUUCAGUUUUGAAUAUGGCGGCUGCGCAGCUUACCUUCAACCCUCCAUCCUCCUUCUCCAAACCCCUAAACCACUCUCUCCCCCGAAACCCAUUUUCCCAAAACCCCAUUCUACCCUUCAAACCCUCCCUUAAACCCUUCGUUCUCAAAGCCGUGCUCUCCCAAAACCCUUCCAAAUCCCUAACCCAGGACCCUCAAACGGUGCCGUUUAAGCACUGCUUCUCCAAAUCCUCUGAUGGGUUUCUCUACUGUGAGGGCCUCAAGGUCCAGGACGUCAUGGAUUCGGUGGAGAAGCGCCCUUUCUACCUCUACAGCAAGCCUCAGAUCACCAGAAAUGUUGAGGCCUAUAAGGAGGCCUUGGAGGGUUUAAGGUCUGUUAUUGGGUAUGCCAUUAAAGCCAACAAUAACUUCAAGAUUUUGGAGCAUUUGAGGGGAUUAGGCUGUGGUGCUGUGCUCGUCAGUGGGAACGAGCUCAGGUUGGCUCUUCGAGCUGGGUUUGACCCAACUAGGUGUAUUUUCAAUGGGAAUGGAAAGUUGUUGGAUGACUUGGUUUUGGCUGCUCAAGAAGGUGUUUUUAUCAAUGUCGAUAGUGAGUUCGACUUGGAAAAUAUUAUUAGAGCUGCGAGAAUUGCUGGCAAGAGGGUCAAUAUUCUACUUCGAAUUAACCCAGAUGUAGACCCUCAGGUUCAUCCUUAUGUUUCCACUGGUAACAAGAAUUCCAAAUUUGGUAUUAGAAAUGAGAAGCUGCAAUGGUUUUUGGAUGAGGUGAAGAAACAUCCUGAUGAGCUAAAACUUGUUGGGGCCCAUUGCCAUCUUGGAUCCACCAUUACAAAGGUGGAUAUAUUUCGAGAUGCUGCAGUUCUUAUGGUCGAGUACCUUGACAAAAUCCGAGAUCAAGGUUUUGAUGUUAAUUACUUAAACAUUGGUGGUGGCCUUGGGAUAGAUUACUAUCACACUGGUGCUGUUCUUCCAACACCCAGAGAUCUCAUUAAUACUGUCCGGGAGGUGGUCCUAUCACGAGAUCUAAAUCUUAUCAUUGAACCCGGAAGAUCACUUAUUGCAAAUUCUUGCUGUUUGGUCAACCGAGUAACUGGGGUGAAAACAAAUGGCACCAAAAACUUUAUUGUGAUCGAUGGAAGCAUGGCUGAACUCAUUCGUCCCAGUCUCUAUGAUGCUUAUCAACAUAUUGAACUAGUUUCUCCUGCACCACAUGAAGCUGAGAUUUCUACUUUUGAUGUGGUUGGCCCUGUCUGCGAGUCUGCAGAUUUUUUAGGGAAGGAGAGAGAACUUCCUACUCCUCCAAAGGGAGCUGGUCUGGUUGUUCAUGAUGCAGGUGCUUACUGCAUGAGCAUGGCCUCGACUUACAAUCUUAAAAUGCGCCCUCCGGAAUAUUGGGUGGAAGAAAAUGGAUCAGUUUCAAAGAUCAGGCAUGCAGAGACAUUCGAAGAUCAUAUGAGAUUCUUUGAGGGUCUUUGAUUGCGGGAGCUCAGUAGUCAGCAGCCCGUUAAAGGGACCAGAGUUUAUUUAUGGUUGUUUUUCUUUGUAACAACAGGAUUUUUGUAUUUGGAGAUGAAAUUUGGCAUAUGCCGCCUUUGUUUACGCACUGGACUCGAGUUGUCAUCUGUGGAACCACUGGACCAUCUGUGUAAUGUUUAUAUCCUUCAAUAAGAAGAUGAAAUUUAUGGCA